AUGGAACAAAGUCUGGAACCCAUAGCUGAAACAAAAAUUGAAGAAGACACCAGUCUUGUUGAUGUUUCUCUAGACGAUAAACCUUCUGAAAACAACACAGAUUUAAUAGAUAAUACAGAUAAUACAACUGAAACGAUAUCAUACGAUGAGCUUAACAAAAAACAUAAAAAUUCAGUUCAAAAAAAUCUUAAAAUGUCAACGGAUCUUAUAAAUUUUCGUAUGAAAAUUGAGGAACUUGAAAAUAAUAAUAGCUCAAUCA